UAUGGAUGUAAACACUCCCUAUGAGUCAGCUGUAAAUUCAAUUCAAAUCCCCAGUCUCCUUGUCUUCCUGGCUCAUCAUGGUUACCACCAAAAUGACGGCUGCUUUUAGAAACCCUAACAGGAGACAGGUGGCGACAGACAAGGUGGCGGAGAAGCUGAGCUCUACUCUCUCAUGGGUGAAGAACACAGUCUCGCAUACAGUCAGUCAGAUGGCCAGUCAGGUGGCCAGUCCAUCUGCGUCAUCACACACGACAUCCUCGUCCACCACACUGUCAACACCAGCGCUUUCGCCGGCCUCCCCUUCAAAGUUGAGUCCAGACGACUUAGAACUCCUGGCUAAGCUGGAGGAACAGAAUCGCUUGAUAGAGACGGAUAGCAAGUCUUUAAGAUCUGUGAAUGGGUCAAGAAGAAACAGUGGCUCUUCUCUUGUAUCAAGUUCCUCUGCCUCCAGCAACCUCAGUCACCUGGAAGAAGACUCUUGGAUUCUUUGGGGAAGAAUUGUGAAUGAAUGGGAUGAUGCACGCAAGAAAAAAGAGAAGCAAGUGAAGGAGCUUGUUCGUAAAGGGAUACCCCACCACUUCAGAGCAAUCGUUUGGCAGCUUUUAUGUAACGCACAGAGUAUGUCAAUUAAGGACCAGUAUUCAGAACUCCUGAAAAUGACUUCACCUUGUGAAAAACUGAUCCGAAGAGACAUUGCUCGAACUUACCCAGAGCACAGUUUUUUUAAGGAAAAAGACAGCCUUGGACAGGAGGUUUUAUUUAACGUGAUGAAGGCCUACUCCUUGGUGGACCGUGAGGUUGGCUACUGUCAAGGCAGUGCUUUCAUAGUGGGACUGUUGCUUAUGCAGAUGCCAGAAGAAGAAGCUUUUUGUGUGUUUGUUAAAUUAAUGCAAGACUACAGACUUCGUGAACUCUUUAAACCAAGCAUGGCAGAAUUGGGCCUUUGUAUGUACCAGUUUGAAUGCAUGAUACAGGAGCAUCUUCCAGAGCUCUCUGUACAUUUCCAGUCUCAGAGUUUCCACACGUCAAUGUAUGCGUCAUCCUGGUUUCUGACCAUCUUUCUGACAACAUUCCCAUUACCAGUCGCAACAAGGAUAUUCGAUAUCUUUAUGUCUGAGGGUUUAGAAAUAGUGUUUCGAGUCGGAGUAGCUCUUCUUCAAAUGAAUCAGACAGAAUUAAUGCAACUUGACAUGGAAGGGAUGUUGCAGCAUUUUCAGAAGGUCGUUCCACAUCAGUUUGAUGGUGGCCCAGACAAAUUGAUCCAGUCAGCUUACCAAGUCAAAUACAACUCAAAAAAAAUGAAAAAACUUGAAAAAGAAUACACUACGAUAAAAACGAAAGAGAUGGAAGAGCAAGUUGAAAUUAAAAGGUUACGCACAGAAAACAGGCUUUUAAAACAACGCAUUGAAACAUUAGAAAAAGAAAGUGCUUCCUUGGCAGAUAGAUUGAUACAGGGACAAGUGACAAGAGCCCAGGAGGCUGAGGAAAACUACCUCAUAAAACGGGAGUUGGCCAGCAUCAGACAGCAGAGUGAUGAGGCCAGCGCUAAGCUGGAGCAGGCUGAAAGCACCAUCCGGGAGCUCCGGCACCGGCACCACUGGCAUAAAUGCAGCUCCUCCUACAACGAAGAUUUCGUGCUGCAGCUGGAGAAGGAGUUGGUCCAAGCCAGGCUGAGUGAGGCUGAGUCUCAAUGCGCCCUGAAGGAGAUGCAGGACAAAGUGCUGGACAUAGAGAAGAAGAACAACUCGUUUCCUGAUGAGAAUAACAUCGCGAGGCUUCAGGAGGAGCUCAUCGCUGUGAAGCUGAGAGAGGCGGAAGCCAUUAUGGGUUUGAAGGAACUUCGACAGCAAGUCAGAGAUCUAGAAGAACACUGGCAACGUCAUUUAGCCCGAACUUCUGGAAGAUGGAAAGACCCGCCCAAGAAGAACACUGUGAAUGAGUUACAGGAUGAGCUGAUGAGCAUCCGCCUCAGAGAAGCAGAAACCCAGGCAGAAAUAAGAGAAAUGAAGCAGAGGAUGAUGGAGAUGGAGACGCAGAACCAGAUCAACAGUAACCAGCUUCGAAGAGCAGAGCAAGAGGUCACCAGUUUGCAGGAGAAGGUGCAUUCUCUUUCUGUGAAGAACAAAGGGUUGCUUACCCAGUUAAGUGAGGCAAAGCGCAGACAGGCAGAGAUUGAAUGCAAGAACAAGGAGGAAGUCAUGGCUCUGAGGCUCCGGGAAGCUGACAGCAUAGCCGCCGUGGCAGAACUGAGGCAGCAGAUCGCCGAGCUUGAAAUCCAGGUACGCUGUGGCCGCUCCCGCCGCCCGCACCAGAACCACCGCGUUUGUAUAUCUGCCUUCCGGUGA